GAGGCCAUGUACUUGUGUCAUUUAUUUUUCAGCUAGUUUUAUAUUCAUUUCAAUGUUAUUAAGUAAGGUGGGGAUCAGAAUGACUUUAUUAACCUGUUAUCUAGAUAUACCAGCUUUUUAUCUGUUAGAUAAAAAGUGAAACUCAAAUGUCUCAAUCCUUAAUAUUAAAAUUAUAAAGUAUAAAAAAAUGUUGCUAGUUAAUGAGGGUACGGGAAUAAGAUGUAUAAAGUUCAGCAUAAUAUUUUUCAGCAUCAUCCUUGUUAUAACAGGAAUGUCACUAAUAAUUAUUGGGACCACUAUCAAUUCAAUUUAUGAAGAAUUCUCUACAUUUCUAGCAACUAUAUUUUUUUCUCCUGCUACUAUACUAGUCUCAGUGGGAUUUACAAUUUUUGGAAUAGCCUGUCUUGGAUGCUUAGGAGCCAUAAGAGAAAGUUCAUUCAUGAUAAUGACAUUUGGAACUCUUCUUGGAAUGAUUUCUAUAUUGCAACUAUGUGCAGGAUUAUCAAAUAAUAUUCUAAUGUCCACUAUAGAUAUGGAAAUUGUUCAUAAUCUUAACAAAACUUUGUUUUCCUAUUCGAAGAAUAAAGAAUCACAGGUGGUUUUUGAUAAUUUACAGCGUGAGCUGCAUUGCUGCGGACUGUCAGGUCCAAGGGAUUGGCAGUUAAUUUAUAACAAUGGCAACAUUCCUAAAUCAUGCUGUGCUUUUGAAGAAUACGAUUCAUGCAAGAGCACAUUUAAUAUUGGUUGUCACUUUAUUUUAAAAACCAUUGUAACGGAAAGCAGUAAAAUAUUAACAAUCAGUGCUUUUUUGCUGGCAUUCACUCAGGUAUUUGGAAUGCUUUUCUCAUUUUAUCUAGCAAAAAUGUUAAAAGCACAGAAACUAGCAAGGGAGUACCGCCGAUGGGCCAUACGAAGUCAGCUACUCAAUACUGUCGCUUACGAUCCUUACUGCUUUGAUAUUAAAGAACCUCAAUACCAAUUAGGGAAACAACAAUAUUUAAGUUAAUUGUAAAUCUUCUUAACGAAAUGAAAUACAAAUCUCAACACCAAAGAACUCGCUUAUGAAUUUAUUUUCAGUAACCUGACGUUUUUCUGGUAUAUUAGUGAAUCUAGAAUAAUCAACCAAGUUUAUCGGUUCCAAUAUUUAAAAACAAAUGAAACACUAUUUUGUUUUGAGAUUUAUGGACCAUUUUAUUAAUCAAUGUGUAUUAUUUACUCAUAUAAAAAUUUGAUGGUUAUAUAUUCCAUAUUAUUAAAAAAAAUAUUAAAGAAAGAAAAUUUGCAUUUGUCUAUUUGACUUCCAUAACCUCCAUCCAAUGUAU